CUACUCUAACCACCCGAUGAAAUCGACGCGACUCUCUCAGACAGGACCUGCGAUCCGCGGCUCCGGAGGAGGUUGUUUCCAAGUACAGUACAGUAAUGCUACAACGGCAUUCCCCCAACUAAAGCGCACCCUUGUCCUUGUGUGGCUGUCAUUUAACGUUAACUAGCUCUGAUCGCAGGAAGCAGAGCUGAUUGCUGGCUGCGAUACGUCGCUUUGAAAGCGUCCCUCAUAUCGCACCUUCUAGUUUCGAAUGUUAGUUUGGGGCAACGCGCUGGACUAAAUUUGGCUCUAACGCGACUAGCUAGCCGCCGUAGAAACUCCUGUCGCACAGCAUUGGCGCCCUUUUCGCGAUCGUUGCCAUGCUUGCGACGACACCCCCAACGCUGUCGUCCGCUGGGUCCCUGCGCCGCGAGUCUCGCAUGCCUCUCCAAUUCAACUCACCAAUGUCCGCCUGCAUCAGUAUCGGCGGCGCCGAUUUCGGCGCUACAACCAGCGCUACAACCAGCGCUAGCAGUCGCAGCAGCAGCCACUGCAGCAGCAGUCGCUGCGGCAACACUGGCACUGGCAGCAGCAGCAGCAGCAGCGAUAGCGGGAGCGGCGGCCUACGUGCGGUCGCCGCACGCGCCGCCGCCGCCGCCGUAAGAGUUGUGGGGCGACUGAGACCGCGCUAUGCCGGCAGCAACUGCAGCAGCAGCUCGCCGAGCCGCAAUUCCACGAGAACGUCGGGAAACUGCGGCAUUUCCGCGUUUGAACCAGCGGCGGAAGCGGCAGAUGCGGUUAAAUUCGCGGGGCCAGUUGCGGAAGCGGCGGCGGAGGCGGCGGAGGCGGCGGCAGACGUGGAGUGCGACGAUGAGCCAGCCAUUAUGGUGUUCCUGGACGACGGGACGAUGCGAAUCUACUCCAUGCCGUCACUGCCACUUCCAGGAGUGCGUCCCGACGCCGCUUCCAACUCGUUCGAGUCUUCCUCGGAUGAUGCGGAUGAUGCGGAGUCAAGUUCGCCCCGUGACAGCUCCUCUUGCGACAGCGGCGACAGUGGCGACAGCAGUAGUUGUAACAGCACCGGCGGAGCAGAAAAUGCCGCCGAAUCAUGGUGCAGAGGAAACCCGCCCGCCAGCAGCGACCAGAACCGCAGCCCGAGCGACCACAGCCGGAGCCUGGGCGGCGAGCAGAGCCCCCUGACGCAGUUGUCGCAGUUGUCCAAGGAGGCAAUGCCGCCCCUAGUCACCCCGCUCCUAGCAGCCGACGUGCUGGCGGAUUUCCCAGGCCAUCGCCUCUGCUGCUCCUCGCCCUCGCGCGCGCAGAGCCCGCUGGAACCCUCCGCCGUGCUUCGCCCUGGAGGGACUUAUUACUUGCUGGGUGAGAAGACGCGGCGGGUGUGGGAAGGCAGAGGGGGGAGCUGGGGCUAUGCGAAGGAGGGGAGGGGUGUAGGGAUGGAUGGGGAGGGGUUCAAGUUACGUGAAGGCUCUAGUGGUUUUUACUCCCCGGUUAGUGCGACGGCUUAUUGCCGGUGUCCGAUUUGUUUGGCCGAGGAAGAUGCAGCUGCGAGACAUACAGCUGCUGUGUGACGUAGUGGUAUUGAGCGGAGCAGCUGCCAGCACUGGAGACACUGAGAGGUUCUACUUUGCUGCACUUCAGCCAGCUCAAAACUGUUCAGUCCUGGAGUUAUCUGUUCCCCACUGAGGAAUUCUCAGAAGCUGAUGGCACCCCAUCGUCAAACCAUCUGGCUCCAGCUGCAGCAUCAUUGGGAGAGGGCAACAUGUGCCAAGAAGGAUGUGAUGCUAAUGAGUUGGAAGAGUCAAGGGGUGCAAGGAAUAGGAGGAGCUUGUUAGACAGCAAGCAUAAAGCUAGGACACAUAUAUUGUCCUUUUUUUAGUAUGUAUAAAGUACGCAUAUAGACACACACUU